AUUGUUGAAGGGCUCAACCAUUCAAAAACACUUCAAAGUUUACUUUAAAAACACUUCAAGACCUGACUAAUGGGCAACAGCUCCAAAAAAAGUCAUUGUCCUGACACCUUAUUUGAUGGUAUUUUUACAGUUAGUGUUCUAAACAACCACUAUGAAGAUGCAGCUUCUCGUGUUCUUUAUUGUGAUGGCAUCGGCUGAAGUACUCAGUAUGAAACUGGAAGGAAAUAAAGCCAAAAACACCGCCGAUAUAAUGUCUGAUCUUGGUACCAAUACACACCAGUUUGAUGCCCCGAAUCAUCGCAAUAAGGCUCAAGGGCGAUUCUUGAAAGAUUUUAGCAUGGGGCUGGCAGCAGUAAAAGAUCCAGCAGCAAAAGAGUGCUAUAUUGCAGCAUUGCAGAGCCCAGACGAAACUGUGCAUGAUCUGAAAAAAAGCAUGGGAAUGUUCUACUCGAGGUAUUCUGGCGAAGAGCAAACAGACGAAGAGAAAAGGCCCCUGUUUAUAAGAAAGAUGACAAACAUUGAAGUUGGGAAAAAGAUUGCAGCCUUUUGUGCAGGAUACGAACUCAUCUUAGCCACAAUUCCUGUUUCAAUGAACUCCUAUCUUCAAAAACAAGGGAAAAGAAAAAGGGGGAUCAUCAGCAGUUUCUGGGGAUGCAACAUUGAUAGCAAUUAUGUGCCAAUUCUUUGUCGCAGAAAAAGUGGUACACUUGCUACCAGAUGUCGAUUCUGGAAAGAUCAAAGUAAAGAUUGUACGUAUGAGAUCACUUGCAAUGCGGUCACCACGAAUGGGAAAAGUGGAGCAGAUUGUCCAGGCGUGAAUGACUUUAGAUUCAUGGAAUGUUGUGAUUUUAUUUGCUUAUAAACUAAUAUACCUUGAAAGUAAAUAGAUAGAAAAGAUACAACAGAUGAUAUGAAGCUAAUAAAAAAUUUUCUUAAUGCAAA